AUGGGUUGGUUCUGGGCAGACUCACAGCCAAAGGCCCCAGAGGCCCCUCAUCCUCCUUAUCCUUCCAAUGCUGCACCUCCGCCUUCAUGCCCUAUGCAUGAAUCGCGUGCUGCACAGCCUGCUGCACCAACCAGCACUGAAAUUCCCAGCGCUUGUCCCAUGAAAUCCACCGAUUCUCCUUUCUACGUUGCUCCGAAAUCUACUCCGACGGACUCUCCGCAGGAACAAGCUGCGCCCGCCAAAUCCUCCUCCACCUUAUCUAAGUUAAACCCAUUAAACUACAUGUUUGCCUCCAUCUCCCAAGAGCGUGCUGCCGACCAGACUGUCGAUCUUGGCGUGGACCGCGAGGGCAACUGGGAGUACCCAUCUCCACAGCAGAUGUACAACGCUAUGCUGCGCAAGGGUCACACUGAUACCCCUCAGGAUGCGGUCGAGGCCAUGGUUGCUGUACACAACUUCCUGAAUGAAGGCGCCUGGAAUGAGAUUGUUGGAUGGGAGCGCACCUUCGCUAAGGGUCUUUCGGAAGGAUGGGCGAAGUGCCGCCGCGGCGAAGAGAACCUCGGCUGGCAACUUGCCAUGGAAGAGAUGCAUGGAACUAUCGACCAGACCACUGAGCCCCGUUUGAUUCGUUUCCAAGGUCGCCCCAAGGAACUCACUCCCAAGGCUCGCAUUCUCCAGGCUCUGGGAUAUGUCUACCCAUCCAAAUUUGAGUCCAAACCUCCAUUCGACCGGCACGACUGGUUUGUUCAGCGUCAUACACCCUGGGGCUCCAAGGAAGUCCGCUACGUGAUUGAUUACUACUCCGGCCCUCCGGAGCCCACUGGCGAGCCCGUCUUCUACCUCGAUAUUCGACCUGCUUUGGAUUCACCCACGGCUGCUGUUGAGCGACUUAUGCGAUGGGGAGGUGAUGUAUGGUGGAGAGCUAGUGGUGCUUCCGCUCGGGAGGAGAGUUCAUGA